GCAGCAGCUCCCUUCCUGCAGGGGAGUGAGAGGCGCCUCACCCCUAGAACUUUCUGUUUCUCUUCCCAGCCGAGCUCUCCCUCUGGCACUCGGCCCCGUACAGCAGCUCAGGCGCCUCCGCCAGCCUGGGUGCUGUGGCUGGUUUGGGGGAGGACCUGUCCCAUCUGCGGGGGCAGUUACAGCAAUGCUCUGCUGCUGAGUUGUGCUCGCAGCUUCCGCAGGGAGUGCAUCCAGGAGGUGCGUGGCUGCCGGCACUGCCUGCAGGGCCCGUCAGCUGCCCGCUGUGCUAUGACCCUGCAGACCCCACUAUGGAGCUGCAGCCCAACAUCCAGCUCCGCAGCAUGGCACAGAAGGUUUUGGAUGCUCCCACUCAUCAAGAGGAGGAAAAGGGUGAUGCGCAAUGCAAAGAGAAGGGGGAAAUUUCUCACCAGCAAGAUGAGGUGAUCCUGUGUGACUUCUGCCUUCAGGAGCCACAGCCAGCCGUGAAGACCUGCCUGAGCUGCGAGGCCUCCCUGUGCCAAGCCCACCUGAGCAAGCACAGCACAAAGAGCCCCCUGAAAGACCAUGUCCUGAUGGAGCCCUGUGAUGCUUGGGUUUUGGCUGAGAGGAGAUGCCCCCAGCACGGCAAACUGCUUGAGUGCUACUGCAAGACAGACUUAGUCUGCAUCUGUGUGCUGUGCUGUGUCACCAGCUCCCACAAGAACCACCAGAUCAUCACUUUGGAGGAGGCUUUUGGCCAAGCACAGAGUGUUUUUCCUGAAACUCUGAAAACAGUGAAAGCACAUGAAGAUAUGCUGAGUCAAAGCAUAGCAAACCUGCUGAAACAAGAGGAGGAACUAAAGGCUAAGGAGAGCCUGUGGAGGAAUCAGCUGGAGAGCCUCUUCAGAGAGAUGCAUCUGCAGCUAGAGAACAAAAAAGCAGAGGUCCUGAAAGCUCUCAGUGACAACAUGGAGCAACCGCUUUCUCAGAUUCAGAGGCAGAUACAAAAACACAAAGAGGAGAAGGAUGCAGCCAGCUGUGAUGUACAGGAGUUGGAAUCUCUGAGAGAUCAGAAAGACCUACUUCUUUUUACCAAGGCUUUUGCAGCGAUUCAAGCCAGGAAACACAAGACAGUUCCUGACAAAGAUGUUCUAAAACUGCCAACACCAUCCAUUAUUUCAGAUGAAUUAACAACAGACACUACUCUAAGGCUUUUCCAGCAAUUCCUCUCAGACAUGCCACCCUUAUUUAAAGCACCAUCUGUUCAUGAGCAUCUCACUCCUUCAGUAGUUCCACCCUCACUCAAAGCUUUCCAAUUUGGGAGUAAACAAUGCACACCGUGCCCUCCCAUACAUGUAGAGCACCCAAACCUUCUUGGAGGGCUAUCUUUGGGAGGCAGACACAAGAGAAACAAGGUGCUGGAAGCUCGGAAUCAUUCAUCCCAAAUUUGAGUGCUACCUGCAAAUGCUUCGUGAUUACCUCUGUGUGUUCCUAGCUCAAACAAUGAUCACAACAAAGGAAUUUUCUACAGCCUUCAGCAUGGUCAGGGUGGAGCUAGACUGCGGAAGAAAUACACUGUCAUUUUAUAAUGCGGCUGUCAAGGAUGGAGAUUGUGCUGAGAGCCUCAGGCUUAUAGAGACAGUAAGAAUCCCCUCAAACUAUCCUGCCCAUGCUACCUUCCGUGUGCCUCACGGCUCUUUGAAGCUCUUGUAGUGAUGUGAGGACAAGGUGCUGUUUUGUAUUUCCAGGCCUAGGUAUCGUUACUCCUGCUCCAUGGAGGCUGUGCUAAGCUAGCAUAUUAGAAAUUGGAUGUUGGGCUGCUGUGAUGGCUCAUCUGUGUGAGGGCAAGGCUUCUGUGGGGUAUAUCACAGCACACUGCCGCUUACUGCAAGAACUCCAAUCUUAUUUGUUCUGUUAAUCACAAUGUAAAUACUGAUAAAUUGUGCUUUUUUGUUCAGCUCUAUCAAAUGCUUUGUUGACUGUAUGUUAUUAAAGUAAUUUAGUUUGCAAAACUCAA